AUGUUUAGGAGGCGUUGCAAAAUCUCAGUUUGGUGGGGUGAAAGUAGAGCUUCCAAGCCAAUUUUGGAGGCAACUCGUAGAGUUCGAAUGAAUAACAAUCGUCUCAGUUUACUUGCCACUGCUCUUAAUUUGACUCAACAAAAGUCCUUGGAUCUCAAAAUCUUGCUUCCUAAGGCCUGGAAAAUGGAAGGUCGAAUCACAAGUCGCAUCAAUAAUGAUGGUACUGUCCAAUUCUAUUUCAAAGCUAAGCAUCAUCUGAUGAAUGUAUUGGAGCAUGGACCAUGGAACUGUAAUAACUGGAUGGUUGCUAUAGAUCGAUGGAUCCGUCGGGAUGAACCAGACUUCCUCCUUACCAUCUCCUUCUGUGUCAAAAUCCUGCAUAUUCCUGAAGAGUAUAGAUCUGAUGAAAUUAUUUAUGAAGUUGGAGACAUACUGGGUAUUGUCGAUGAGAUUAAAAUUACUGAGGCAACUGCUGAUGCGGAUAGUGAAGUCUGGAUUCAUGUCCGCAAGAAGGUUAAUUAUCGACUCAUUUUCAUCCGUUACUUGGAAUUUGAGCCUGGUCAGCUCACAAUGGUUCGAUUCUUUUACAAGAAGUUAAGAAAAUUCUACUUCAUAUGUGGAGCUCUUACACAUAGUGAUGCGGUCUGUCACUAUGAAGGGAUUCCUCUUCCGCACAUUGGGACUUCUCAAAGACAUAGAUCUCUGGUUCCUGACUACUCUAUGGAAGAACUCCAAAACUCUCCUAUACAUCCGAUUGGUACUAUCAUACCUGCUCAGGCUCCUGAGGUGGCCUCCGGCGAAAGAUAUCAUGUUACUCAUUCCCCUACACAUUCUCUGAAUGAUGGGCGUGAUGAUACUAUGGGCGAGAAUGUUGAGUCUAAUCUGCAUAAUGAGGAGCAGGUACAUCAACAUGAAAUCGCUGGCACUGAUUUCCAUUUUACUUGUACCUCAGGAUCCAUCUGUGCCUGGUUCUCCUCCUCAAGAUGA